AUGGACGGCCAGGGACACCUUCUCUCUCUCAAAGUGAUGCGGGUCUCCCGACCUUCUAUUGCAAGUGCCUGGGAACCAUUUUACUCAAGCUCUCCUUCCUUCUCAGCGCACUCCACGGCCUCGAUACUCUCUUUACAAGGCAAAUCACCCCUACCAGGUCAUCCGAAGACGCUUCGUGACCUCUACAAUGAUACCGAACUCCUCACUCUUCCUUCUUCAUUUGGGGCUAUCCAACUGGGUGAGACCUUCUCGGGGGUUCUAGCGAUCAACAACGAGACCGUUGUUGCAGUCGACGGCGUAAACCUCAAGAUCGAAAUGCAGACGGCCACAAACAAGGUCCUUCUCGCGGAAUUGGGAGGUCCAACACAGAGUCUGGUUGCCGGAGAUACGCUGGAGACCAUUGUGAAUCAUGAGAUUAAGGAGCUGGGUCAGCACGUUUUGGCCUGCACGGUCACCUAUCAGCUCCCUCCAGGUGCGCGACCGCCGCAGCCUCCAUUCGAUGGGCAGAACGGAGAUCCCGAUGUCCAGACAUUCAGGAAAUUCUAUAAGUUUGCGGUCACAAACCCUCUAUCUGUCAAAACUAAAGUCCAUACGCCACGUUCUCCCUCCGCUCUCCUCUCUCGAAGUGAACGCGAGAAAGUCUUUCUCGAAGUCCAUAUCCAGAAUCUCACCCAAGAACCCAUGUGGUUUGAACGCAUGCUCUUCGAGCCCGCUCAAGGCUGGCAAGUCGAAGAGGGAAACGUACUUCCUCCGUCCGAUCCGGACGCCACAGAACCAGAGAGUCUAUUCACUGGCUCGCAGACGCUUAUGCAACCACAGGAUAUACGACAAUAUAUGUAUAUCUUAGCGGCUGUGAAAUUGCCGACUUUUGCGAUCCAGCACACACCUGGAAGCAUCAUCCCCCUGGGUAGACUUGAUAUAUCCUGGAGGUCAUCCUUCGGUGAACCUGGUCGGUUGUUGACCUCAAUGCUCUCUCGCCGUAUCCCAGUACCCUCAGUACAAUCACCACCCCGCCAGCCAGCGUCUGCUCUCCCACCAUAUCUCCAACGCGGCACACCCACCACAACUGCCAACUCACCUCUCCCAAGUCACUCGCGCCCCGGGUCCCGGUCCAGUACCCCACCCAUUGGCCCAAGUGGCACUCCAGCACCCUAUCGUCCCACUUCACCCUUCAAGAACAGGCCCAUGUCCGUACCUCCACGCUCUCAGAGUCCCGUAACUACCUUCGGAGCAGCAGGGAACGCUCUUGCACUCCGUGGUAUGAGCCCUGGAGCUGGUGACGCUGGGCAGGCUGCAUCCACGCUAGGCAGCGACGCAGUGGACGUUGAUUUGGUCGUGAGAGAGAUUCCGAGGGACGACGUGUUCGUGGAGAAACCCUUCAAGGUCGCUUUCACGCUUUCCUCGGCUGCUCCCGUCCCCGCCGGGAAGGAACGCGUCCUCACCGUCGUUGUACAACACGUCCAACUCCCCAUGCUUGCUGCUACUUCGUCCACAUCCUCGAACACAAAUGCACAGCCUACCGCCACCGAAACCGCGCAUACGCCUCGCGUCCAAGCUCUUACAAUUACCUCACCAUCCACAACCUCCACCCCCCUCAGCCGCCAGACAUCCAUCUCGAUGCUCAGCUCGAACGAACGUACACUCGUCGGUUCACCAAUCGAACAAACCUCUCCUCUCCCCGAACGUCCCGUCUCCACUACACUCCCGCAGCCCGUACCUGCGCCACAAGACGAGGAGAAAUACGGUAAAUCAGCAUAUGUCAGAUACCUCGGUCCUUCGGCCAUAUUCCUCCCUCCUCUUCGGUUGUCUGCGCCAGUACCUGUGCGUGAACCCGGAGUGGGUGUCGAAGGAGGUGGAGAAGGUGAAGGUGAGGUAAACAAGGAUGGCCUUGGCGUUGGUAAGAGGGUGGAAGGUUCAUGGGACUUUGAGUUGGAGUAUUUGCCCAGGAAGGCUGGGUUCUGGAACGUUGGGGGUCUGCGGGUGGUGCUCGUCGGGGAUCGAUACGAGGAUCAGGAUAAUGUGGGUAAUGGAGAGGAAAGAAAGAUCGAGACGGUGAGGGUGUUGAAGGAGUGGGAUGUUGUAGGUGAGGUAUGGGUGAAGUCACUCCAGGAGUGA